UUAUGGUCAAAGCUAAUACAUAAAUAGUAAAAAAAAAAUUCAAUGUCCUUGAUAUUCUGGGACGGAAGGAGUAUAUAACAAAUGGAGCUUAGCAAACUAAAAGAAAAGGUGAAGUACGUUUUUUUUAAAUACUCUCAGGUGGAAGGUGCAUUUAAAGUAUAUUCUGUUCAUUUAAUUAUUAUUAUUUUUUUUUGCUCAUUCCUAAGUUUUUAAAUGAGCAAAAAUUUUAUCAAAUGAGCAAAAAAAACUAUUAUUCACCUUUUCUACCUCUAUGUGUACCCGAGUAAGGAGUACAGUCCCUAGAGUAGUUUAUUACUCCGUAUUAUAUAUACUUCCUCAUUUUUCUUUUAGAUGCAACACAUCCUUUACCACGGUAAUUAAGAAAGGUGGGGUUUACAUGAUAUAAUAAACUUUAAAAUAGGAUGAGUGACUAUUAGGAGUGUAAUUUAGUGGGCUACGUGCCUUAAAUAAGGGAUAUAGUAUAGUUUUUCCCUAAAGUAACUUUCUUUUUAUAGUGUGUUGCAAGUAUUGUGACAUUUCCUUUUUAGAGAAGUGUUGCAAGUAAAAGAAAACGGAGGAAGUAUAUUUUUUGGUGCACUAGCUAUUAUUAUAAUAUUAUUAUAUCACCAAUAAUAUAUUUUCUCCGCUUCUCUACCUCUUGUUUUUCAUUAUAUAUUGGCUUAUGCAAAUAUGCAAUGGACAAUGUUUCCAAGUCUACCUAAAACAACUUUAUAGAUGGCAGCCUUAAAGUUUUUGCCUCUAUUCCUAGUUGUAUCAUCUUUGGUAAUAGGAGUCUCUAAGGGUCAGAGUACAAUACCAGUUGUGCCUGGUCUUUCAUACACAUUUUAUUCAUCUAGUUGUCCUGGUUUAGAUUUCAUUAUUAGAGCUCAUCUUUGGCAAGUGUUUCAAAGUGAUAUAACUCAAGCUGCCGGCUUGCUCCGCCUUCACUUCCAUGAUUGCUUCGUUCAGGGAUGUGAUGGUUCAGUGUUGUUGGAUGGAUCAACCAGUGGUCCAAGUGAGAAGGAUGCACCUCCAAACUUGACGCUCAGGGCUCAGGCAUUUAAGAUCAUAAACGACCUCCGUGCCCUUGUGCAUCAACAAUGUGGCCGGAUUGUCUCUUGUGCUGAUAUCACUGCCCUUGCUGCUCGUGAAUCCGUAUUUCUGUCAGGUGGACCAUUCUACUGGAUUCCCUUAGGAAGAAGGGAUGGCCUUAACUUUGCUACACUUAACGAAACCCUAGCCAAUCUACCACCCCCCUCUUUUAACACUGACCAACUCCUCAACUCCCUAUCCAACAAAAACUUGAACGCCACGGACCUCGUGGCCCUCUCCGGAGGCCACACCAUCGGGCGCAGCCAUUGCUCCUCAUUCGCUGAUAGACUCUACCCUCAAGACCCUACCAUGGACCAAACCUUCGCUAAAAACCUUAAACUCACGUGUCCAACAAACACAACUGAUAACACCACGAAUUUGGACAUUCGUACACCUAAUGUCUUUGACAAUAAGUAUUAUGUUGACCUAAUGAACCGCCAAGGCUUGUUCACUUCCGAUCAAGAUUUGUAUGCUAAUUCUAAGACGAGGGAUAUUGUCACAAGUUUUGCUAUCAACCAAAAUUUGUUCUUUGAAAAGUUUAUAGAUGCAAUGGUUAAAAUGGGACAACUUCAUGUAUUGACGGGGUCACAAGGGGAAAUUCGCGCUAAUUGCUCAGCAAGAAAUGCUAAUAAGUAUGAUGAGGACAUUAAAUCAAUGGUGGAAGUUGAUCAAGAACAAGGAAAAUUGUCACAAUUUUAAGGAACAAACAUUGUACUAAAACUUCAAGAGAUAUGUAUAUGUUUGACUAGUCUCCUACACGUAAGGUCGAUGUUUUAAUGCGUGUGUUUAGUAUCUUAUAAUAAGGUGAGGUAUGAUGUCAAUGAACUUGUUUGGAGCGUUUUUUCUUGACUUGUUGUAUCAUUGGGUACUUAUUGAAUGGUUUCUUCCUACGUUUUUUAUGAAAAAUAAUACUCCUGUUUUUAAA